UGGUUGUGUGUCAGUUUCGCUGGGACCCGCGGUCGAUGCCGGCGAGGAGGGGGAUGGGCGCCUCUGCGAAUGUGAGGACCGAGACAGAAUCAGAGCUCUGUAUCACAUACAGCAGCUUAUGCCCCAUUAUAAAUAGCGAUUGUAAAUAUACAAGACACUAAAAUAAACUGAUGUAUUUGCCGGGGAUCUAAUAUAGAUACUCAAUGGAUGCAGUGCACGUGAACAGCACUGGGAAUUUAACUUUCCGUCUAUGCGUGGGAGACCCUGAGAAGUUUGUUUCCUAACCCUGGAGAGGGAGCCACUUAUAAGGGCAAAGGAUACAGGAGACUCCGAGGCCGAUAUACAGGCCUACUGGUCUGAUUGGAAUUGAUGUUGGGAUGCGCUAAGGACUUCCUACUGUACAUUAUAUUACCUCGUUUAUACAAGUUUGGAAUGCCUCUUUAGGUCCCCCAUGACCGUGAGCCGUGGGCUACGGCUCGGCGGCACCCCACCUCUGGAGUGGUCUGUUGCUGUAAUUGGGACCCUGUGAUUCCUCGCUUCACCUCUCCUCCUUCCCCUAUCCCAUCCUGUCCCCCCCCUUCCCCUCCCCUUCCUCCCCCCUCUUCCCCCCCUCCCACGCGUCGCUGUGCUGGACGUCAUGAGCAUAGUAAUCGCUCUGGGAGUCACCACACCUGAAACGUCUUAUUCAGAUAUGGCUGCUGGAUCAGACCCUGAGUCAGUUGAAGCAAGCCCUGCGGUGAAUGAGAAAAACUACAACAACCACAGCUGUGGGAGCGCACAGAGUCAUGGGUAUCGGGGGCUACCAUAUGCUAUGCAACAGUCUUCCGUUGUGUGUUGUCAGGAUCACAACUAUGGCGCGCCCCCUCCCCCAACCCCACCCGCCUCCCCGCUCUCCCAAACCAUCAUUCCCCGUAUGGAUCUCAACGGCGUGGUACGCAGCUCUCACUAUCACGAUACUACUGAGGACAACUCGGCCGACAGCGACAGCUCCUCAGAGGAGGAUGGGGCCUCCUGGUGUCACUGCAACCUGACGCCGGACGGCCUGCUCAUCAAAUGUGACAACUGCAGGGGACUGGACAGAAGGAAAGGAGUAAAAGGCCAACACAGGAAAAAAACAGAAAAUGUCUCAGCUGGAGAGAGUAGCGCAACAGAGAGUGGUGAUGAAGAGGUGUCACCCUCCACCAUCUCCUAUACUGCUACCCAGCACACACCAACCAGCAUCAAACUCACUGUCAACAGAGUCAAAAGGAGCAAAUCGAAAAAGAGGAAGAAGAGCACGGAGAAGGCCCGUGGAACACAGAAGGCCAAGAAGAUUAAAGCUUUCAGAGAGGGUUCUAGGAAGUCUAUGAGGAUGAAGAACUCUACCACAGAGGCUAGUGUGUUGGAUGAGAACACAGAAGAGGGAUGGGAGAGCAGGAUCCGCCAGUGGACAGACCAGUAUGAGGAGGCUCUUGCCAACCAGUACAGCGCAGAUGUGCAGACACUGCUCCAGCUUCACCGAUCAACCAGUGCCACCAUCUCAAAGGGCGAAAGUGGUGCCAUGACACCUGCUUCAACCACACAGAUACAUGCCUCAAUGGAUGCUAUGGACACCAUCAACCGCACUGAGCUGACCUGUAACAAUACAGUUCUGGGCUCACAGAUGCAGCUCCAGCUUGGCCGAGUAACACGGGUGCAGAAACACAGGAAGAUCCUCCGAGCAGCAAAGAACCUGGAGCCGGACACGCUCAUUAUUGAAUACCGGGGAAAGGUCAUGCUCAAACAACAGUUUGAAGUCAAUGGGCACUUCUUCAAAAAACCCUACCCUUUCGUGCUGUUCUACUCAAAAUUUAAUGAUGUAGAGAUGUGCGUUGAUGCCAGGACUUUCGGAAAUGAUGCCCGCUUCAUCAGGAGGUCUUGUACACCCAAUGCCGAGGUCCGGCAUAUGAUCGCUGAGGGCAUGAUCCAUCUGUGCAUCUAUGCCGUCAGGCAAAUCAUGAAAGACGCUGAGGUCACCAUUGGAUUUGACUACGAGUUCAAUAGCUGUAAUUACAAAGUGGACUGUGCCUGCCAUAAAAGCAACCAAAACUGCCCAGUGCAGAAGCACAACCUGAGCCCUAGGGAUAGCUUGGUGAGUCCCCCUUCCCUGCCGCCUCUUUCCCCUCUGAUUGGUGCUGAGACACGAAGGAGAAAAGCACGAAGGAAAGAGCUGGAGGGCAGUCUAGCUGCUGAUGGAAACCAGAUGCUGGAGCAGCAGCAACAGGACACCAGCGAUCUACAGGGGACCAGUGACACAGAGGAGAGACUGACAGAUGAGGUUAAGGUGGAAGAGGGGGACGAAGGAGAAGUUGAUGAAAAUGGGGUCAUCUCCAAUAAAAAAUCUCUUAACAUCCUCGAAAGAAGAAGGAGAAGAAUAGGAGGAGCUGAAGUCAAGGAGGAGGGUUUAGAAAGUGAGGAUGGGGCAGGAAACCCCACAGGGAACUCCUCCAUCCCCCAACACACUGGAGUUGGGGUCAGCACGCGACGCACCACCUAUGUUGUGGAAGCACCAUCUAUUGAAGAAAAACCCUCCCUCCCCAACCUGCCUGCCCCUGUUGCUCCCCCUAAACCCAUAAAACCCACCAAGCCUCGUCCUAAGAGUCGAAUAUCUCGCUACCGGUCAAGCUCAUCCCAGCGUGCCCGACGGCAACGCCAAGCCCUCGCCCAACAAGCUGCAGCAGCUGCAGCAGCAAGGGCAACAACACCAACAUCAGCAGAUCAGGGUGCUGCUGUGGACGAGGAGGGAAGUCAGGGUGCAUACGGUGCUGAACACAGCCACGGGGAGAGCAGCCUGGGUGGUCAUCUUGUAGAUGGAGAUGGCCAAGGCCUUAACUGCAUGAACAGAGGCAAUCUGCGGUACCCCAAGACCAAGAAGUACCUGGUGACAGAAUGGCUAAAUGACAAAAUUCCUGGAGGAGAGAGAAUUCACCAGGAGGUACCUGUUGAGCGCCCACUGCGGAUAACCACUGACCCCACAGUUCUAGCCACCACGCUGAACAUGCUUCCAGGUCUCUCUCAGUCAUCACUCAUCUGCACCACACCCAGACACUACAUCCGCUUCGGUUCCCCGUUCAACCCAGAGAGACGCCGGCCCCGUCCGCUCCAAAUGGACGGCACUUACGGCUGCUACAAAAAGAGAUGGAUCAAACAGGUGGAAGAUGAGAGCUGCUCGGCCAGUGUGGAGGAUGGCACAGAGUCCACCUCCUCCCAGCAAAGUACCAGUAGCAGAUCCACGCCGAACCCCCUAUCCAGUGAACUCACCGCACCUUUUAAAAAGCGUCGCUCCAAGUAUAUUACAGAAAUAACACCAGCACCCUCGGACCACCUGCUUCGCCCGCUAUCACCCAUCACGCCUCCACUUCCAGAGGACUCCCUCCACCCACUGCUCCAGACUCCCUGUGGCUCCCUUCUGCCCAACGGUCUGGCCUAUUCACCUAUGCCCUCACUGCCUGCCAGCCGCUGCAACACACCGUUGCAGUUUGAAAACAUAUCAUCCCCUGAGGCAUCUCCUGUCCAUCGUCCCGAGUCCAUAUCCCCUGAGCCAUGUCUUCAGACAGACUUUGAUGCCUCUCGGCCGCAGUUCCCAGACCUGUCACUCCCCUCCAACAUGGAGAGCCCUGUUGCCAUGACCUCGGACGAUUUUUCCCAAUCUGGAGGAACUGCAGGCCAAGAUUCGCAGGGCCCAUCUUCUGUAGGGACCAGUUCCCUAAACCCACUGUCAUGCCCUUCUUCGGACAUAAACCCCCAAAACAGGGAGCAGGCCUUCAGGACAGAGUUUAAUCUCAUAUAUACCUGCUCUCCCCUCAACGCAAACCUGGGCAACCCGACAGCCACCGACCGACACCUCUCCCAGUCAGAAGGGGGAUUUUCACCUGCAGAUUCCUUCCACGGUUCCAUAAGCGGCCAGGGCCUGUUUGGAGAAGUGGGUCCCGGGUCCAUGUCACCGUUUGGAGAGCCCCAUUUUGGGGGAGGCUACCCUGACAAUGGCACACCGCCUCACACCAGCAAUCCGCCACAAAAAAAGAAGAGGGCCAACCAGCAUACCAUUAGUCUGCUGACAGGGAAGCCAGAUUACCAGGCAAUAGCUGUAAGAAGUGAAUACAAGCCAGUACAAAAUAUGGUGUCUUUGCUGGAAUACCGCAAGAGAAAGCAGGGCAGUGGUCGUGACUCGGAGCCAGCCAGCAGCAGCUCCUCUCUGGGUGGCACCCCCACACAGCCUGGCUCCCACUACAACAAGGAGUCCCAUCAUCCUCAUAACCAUCAGCAGAUGCCGCUUCCAGCAUCUCCACACAGCACCUUCUCAUCCUCAGCACACUCCACCUCAGUCCCACACAUAGAGGAAGUCAGUCCUCCGGAGCACCAGGGCUUGUCAGUGCAGUCCAGACGCCAGGACAGCAACAACCAGUGGAUGGUCCCCACUACUGUUGAGCGUCUGAGGGAAGGCCAGGGGGUUCUAGAGCGAGUGCUGAGAAGCUUCAAGGUGGACCGGAGUUACAAGAGGAGUGAAGGCUCCAUAGAGAAGGAAUCUGAUGUAGAUCGAUAUGAGAUGCAGGCAGUGUCCAUGGCUUCUUCCACAAAAAGUCCACACAGAUACAGCCCCUCUGUUUACUCUCACCAGGCCACAGAAAGCCACAGACAGACUGACAGCCCGUUGUUCCUCCAGCAAACCUCCAGCUCUCCAUUCCGGUGUUCCUACAGUCCAUCAUCAGGCCAGAACGUCUACCAGCGCCUCUCCUCUUCCCACCAAGGACACGCCCAGGACCACCCCCCAGCCUCAUACUCAAGCCCCACCCCGACUUCCUCAACAGACUCCAGGCCAGCGACAGGCUCUCUACACCAGCAGAGUGGUAGCAGUAGCGCGGACGGAGCCCACAGCUACAGCAGCAGCCACUUAAAAGCCAGCCUUUUGAACAGCAGCGGUCUGGUGGGGGCUGCUACCCCAGGAUCCCGGGUCCAUGGGCAGACUAAAACAGACUCUGGUGCUCAGGCCUCCAAAGGGAGUCAGCAUCAGGCACCUCGCAGCCUGAAGUCAGGCAGCCCAGGUCAGGCAGUGCUGCAGGCUGGCCCCAGACUGCUGUCGGCCUCUGGACCGACACACUACCCCCAGCGAGGGACGAACCUCAGUCAGUUCCAGCACUCUUCCCUCCAGGGAUCCGGAGUAAGGACACAGUCAGGAAGCUUUUAGGACCUUGUUCGUGUGUGUGUGUGUGCGUGUGUGUGCGUGCGUGAGUGAGUGUGAGCUGUGCAUCUCCUCAACCCCUGAGGCUGCAGUACAACAGGGAUCAGGAGUUUGGAGAAGGCAAAUGUACAGACCUAAGAGGAGCAAGGACUUGUUUGAGAAUUUGUCCCGUAUUAUUUUCUGUCUUUUCUUUUUUCUUUCUUUCAGAAGAAUAAAAAAUAAUUAGCACAUCCUGCACAAAGAUAAAUCAUUGACUUUGGACAUUAUUAGUGAAUCAGAGGGAAAAAGUGAUUUGGAUGACACGUUCAGAGAAAAAGAAAAAACAAAGAAAUCAUAUGUAAGUUGAAAUUGUUGUUCCUCGAGAGGCUCGAUAAUGUCAGAAAUGAAAACCUUCCAGGCAAAUGUCUGUACAAAGUUCUACAAGGCCACACCUGUGGUCACUGUGGUAUCCAGGUUGGAGAAAUGCUGAAAUGCAUAUGUAACUAAAAGCAAGAGUUAUAGCUUAAAUUUCUUGUUUGUUUUGGUCGAAGUUACUUGAUUCGGCAAAUGGCCGAGUCUGUGCUGCAGUAAUUGUUUAAUUUGGUAAAGGGGGAAGACGACCUGUUAAUCAUCCGUUAUAUAGAUGCAUUAGAGAGACGGGGAGUUUGAGCUCUCCCUAAAAACUAGGAUCAUUCCAUAUAAUUACCAGCUUCCGUUUUCUCAAACAUGAAACCAGCCCAUUUCCCCCUCAGCGACCCAGCCUGCCUUGGUGUUAUCUUCUGUUCUCUCACCUCACUGGACUGUUUGGGUUUCACUUUAGGACUGCUCUGAUAUCAUACUUGAGAAAUACAGCUCUUUUGAUUCAUGGUGCUGCAUGUUUUGUUUUUUUGUUUGUUUUUGUUACGAUAAGUUUAUAAUCCAGUUAUGUUCCACCCCACAAGGCUGCAUUCAUCGUUUUUGUUCUCCAAAUCUAUACACUCGUGCAGGAAAAAAGUUUAUUAGUGGGACUAUAUUUCUAAGCCAAGCUGUUGGGUUUUCAUAUUGCAGAAUUUGUUUGUUUGUUUUUUUUCUCUUGUCUGACCAAUCGUUGCAUUCCGUGUGACGCUGAGGGAAAUCAGGGGCGAGGAUCUCCGAGGGAGCAUUUGGAUUGUUUCUAAAACCUAGGUGAAAAAAAAAGCUGCUAUCCUCUCCUGUUGGAGCUGCUUCCCUUUCCACUGAAUGCUGUAUUUUGUUUGAAUUUUUUUCCUUUUUAAAUACCAACACAUACUGACUUGUGAAGAAAGCGAUGGUCCCCCGUCGGCCGCAGCAGGACCUAAGACUAAUGUCAAGGCGACAAGGGUGGCCGCCUGCUCCCUCACGUUUUUCAUUUAGGACCGGAUGUGGGGAAAAAUGGCCGCGUUUGCGUGGACGACUUCACAGACCAAGGGGGCCAGUUGUGCAACUGGACACCACCACACACCCACCCACCACUACAACCCACCACCCUCUCCCCUCACUAACACACAGGAGGGUACUCAUUUUACAUGAAUGUUUGACAGAUAUGGAAAAAAAUAAAAGUUGUGACCCAAAAUUAACCAGCACCUUAAACUGAAAGAUACGACCUAAAAAACACAAUAGGACAUUAUGUAUGAUUAUGUGUACUUGUAUAGAAAGAAAUGUGAUAUAGACUUGUAUGGAGAAAAUAUCGUACACUGAAUUUACCGCAUGAUCUCUGUUUGUAGGGUCUGAGUGACCACCUUUUGUCAGAUGGAUGGAAGCAAAUCAUUGGGUCUGUUCUGGGGUUCCUCCAAAAACCAGGCGCUGCGUUCUUUCUGUUGUUUUUGUAAAGAUCCUUCUGUUGGUUUGCUUUUAUUUUUACACAGAUCAUAGUAGUAACUAUUUCAAUUGUUCUCCUCCAGAAGAUUUAAAAAGCAAGAGAUGUAAUGCAUUUUGAUAAUAAAACAAUCAUGAUGGUAAUGUAUUUUGAAAACUACCAUUGUGAUGGCAUCUGAGGGAGACUUCUUGUGUGAUUUGCACCUGUCGAGCUGUCUGAAUGGGAUUUACAUCGGUGGGGCUUGUACGAUUAAAAAUGGUCAAUUUGCUACAGUA